UUGAACUUUCCCUGCAGCUGUAAACAGCUGGAGAUGUUGCAAAUAAUUUUAAGGACUUGCAGAGUGCUUUGGCCAUCAGAAGCUCUCUCCAUCUGUAGUUGGAUGUGUUCAAAGUGUAAGGCGGGCAAAAAAGGUGGCUGUGCGGUUCCCUCACCUAAACCCUCUGGCUGGAAGCGUGCCCUAAAUGCCAAGUCUGAAACGGGCAGGAGAGCAGGGCGUCUGAUGGCAAAGACAAAUGCAGCGUUGUAGUCCUGAGUGUGUUGCCACCCUGACGGGACGAGAAGGUGAAGGUGAUAUUUCAUCCACUGUUACGGUCUGUCCUCUCCUUACCUGACCUCUGAAAUGGAGCCGUCAGCUUUGAAAAGCCUGGUGUCUAAAAUUAAUAUUCUUCCCCAUCUGACUAAGAAGGCAACAGCUGAGCAACAUGAGAUCAAGGACCAUCUGAGUUUAAACAGGGGCUCAAAGUGGCAUUUGAGAGAGAGGAUACUUCCUCUCAGAGUGGACACUUGUCUUUUCAGAAGACUUACUCUGACAGUGAGUCAAGACUUUUACCAGGGAAUUGCACAGUUGUUUUGAACUCUGCAAACUCCCUUUUAUCUGCUGGAACUUAUACUCUGCACUUGGAAUGGUCUGGACCCCAGCAUGUCCUCCUAUAAAUGUCAAGGGGAAGGCAGACUCAGAAGUCACGACUGCAUCCUGAUUUACAAAUCGGAGGCGGAGGGGCACGAACACCACACACCAGGCAGGAACUUAGCCGGACUCACCAGCAAGAUGCUGAAAGUGAAGCGGCUGGAAGAAAUCAGCACGUGUUACCAUGGUGACCAGCUGGAGAAAAUGGCCUUUUUUCAGUGCAUGGAAGAGGUGGAGAAAGUGAAGUGUAUUCUGGAAGAAAGUUCUAGUGAACAGGAUUCGAAAUCUGGGAAGAGUGAGGCUAAGGAGCAGGUGUGCUCACACCCUGGCCUGAAGGAAGCAGAACCAGACAAAGGCCAAAGGACGGCACCUCCCACAGACGAGGCCUGGGCACCACCUGCGCCGUUUGAUCACCGCAUCGUGACAGCCAAGCAGGCCGGGGUCAACAGCUUCUACACCGUGAGCAGAACUGAAAUCCUAGGAGGGUGA